UUUUCAUAUAUAUAUUUCUCUUCUUCCUCUCUCUAAACCUGCCAAAAUUGUUUCAUAUUCUUCUUUUUCACUUUUGAUCUUUGUUUGAUCAAUGGAGGACUCAAUGAUGUCUUCUAUUAACAAAGCAAUAUCUUUUGAUCAGGAAGGAACUGAUUCCCCAGAGGAGAGUGGUUGGACUGAAUAUUUUGAGGACUUCAUGAAUGAAAAUAGAGAGAAUUCUUGCUGUUCUGAUGAUUUUAGGACCUCUUCUUUGGUUUCUGAUGCUGCUUCUUGUGCUGCAUGGAAGUUCUCUACUGAUCAUCAACAGAACUGCAAGAAAUUGAGUAUCAAGAAGAAGAGAACCAGAAAAAUCUUGGAUGAUGAUGAUUUAGAAGACACUGCAAGUUCACCUUGCAAUAGUCCCACGGUAAGCCAGUUAAGUCAGUUGGAUAUGAACAGAAGAAAGAGAGAUGAUAAAAUAGAAACUUCUCAUCAGGGGAAGGAAAGUAAGCAACAGAUUGAUAAGAGAAAUGAAAUGGGUUUCAUAGGUACAGAAACUUACUGUACAGAACUGAAGAAAAGGGGGCUUUGCUUGGUUCCUAUUUCCAUGCUAACGAAUUACCUUGGAUAAUUCCAUCAGUCAAACACACAAAUCUCUCUCUCUCUCUCUUGUGCAUAUCUUGUAUAUCUAUUUUUCAUGUAUGAGAAGCUGCAAGGCCUAUCGACUUGAUAUGAAGAAUCUCUCUCUCUCUCUCUCCUCUCUGUGCAUAUCUUGUAAUCUUUCUUUCCUGUAUGAAAUUUUAUUAAAAAUUUUCUCUAUGAGAAGCUGCAAGGCCUAUAGACUUGGUAUGAAGAAUCUCUCCCCCCCCCCCCCCCCUUCUUUUCCUCUGUGCAUAUCUUGUAAUCUUUCUUUCCUGUAUGAAAUUUUAUUAAAAAUUUUGUCUAUGAAAAGCUGCAAGGCCUAUAGACUUGGUAUGAA